ACCCAAGAUGGAAUUAAUUUGGGAGAAAUUUAAUUAGGACAACCCAAGAUGGAAUCAUCCAUUCCCCGUUUCCUUCUCCUGAAUUCGCCAUUUGAAUUUCCAGCUUUGCAUUAUACUCUGGGUAAAAAUUUCCUGCAUUUUCUUCCUCUGCUCAUCUCCCUGCGUGUAACGAUCUUCCAUUUCGAUCAAGCUAUUGCCAAUUUAAUUGUGGAGCAAGCUUUCAGAUAUCAUGAAGAAAAAGAUUUAUGCAGAAUAUGAUUCUCUUGGGGAAGGCAAGAUAAGCCUCUGCCGACUGGGCCGACUGUGUGGGAGGCACAAGGAUACAUAUAUGCUUGAAGCUUGAGAAAUAUUCAAUACAACAAAAGACCAAGCGAAAAUGUAACAAUUGCUUCACUUCACGUUCAAGAAGUAGCUGGUGCCUUGUAGACUCAGCAUUGGUUGGAGGAGGAGUCUGGGUUGUUCUUCAAGAUGAGACAUUUGGAGAAAAUUGUGCUUGAUGGGGAUUGGCAAAGAGCAGUCAAGUACAUAUCGGGUUUCACAAGCGCCAAUGAAAACCAAUUGUCUAAGGAAAUUUUCUUCUUGAUUAAGAAACAAAAAUAUUUGGAAACACUCUACAGAGGAGACCGUGGCAAGGCUUUGGAAAUUCUAACAAAUGAAUUUCAAGUGUGCUCCACUUCUAACGAUAAUGUGCCUAGGGAGUUGAUGGAUCUACUGACCUUAAAGAACUUCAGGGACAAUGAGGAGCUGGCAAAUUGCGCGAAUCCCCAAUCAGCUAGAGCACUUGUAUUUUUGGAGCUAAAGAAAUUGAUUCAGGCAAAUCCAGCUUUUCAUGAUAAGCUCAAUUUUCCUGCAAUAACAAGGGCGAGGUUGCGGACAAUGGUUAACCAAAGUCUGAAUUGGCAGCACAAGGUCUGCCGUAAUCCGAAUCCCAACCCUGAAAUCAAGACUCUUUUUGUAGACCAUAUUUGUGGUCAACAAAAUGCUUCACACGCUUCAUCAUCCGUCAGUAGCAAUCCUAUGAUGGCUUCCACACUACCUACGGUUGGGAGAUUUCCAUUUCCGGGAUGUGGAUGGAGGGCAGACUCACACAUUAAGGAACACCUGCCUGCUUCAAGCGGGCUCAUUGCCUUAAAUGCCACAACAAGCUAUCCGAUUGUUGAUGCUGAACCUAUGCAGACGAUGUUGAAACAUUCCGUGAUCCCCAAUGAGGGUGGACACACUUACCCAUUGCGCCCAGUAGCAACCGAAAUUAUCCUUCCAACACACCUUUGUUCGUUAAUCCUUCCAGAUGGGUUUUCUUCGGCGAUGGUUAGCAGAUUAAUGUAUACACACAUUGGAGAUUCCAUUUUGGCUCUGGGAAGCAAUGGUGUCCACAAAUUCUGGAGGUGGCAGAGCACUGAGACAAAUUUGAUUGCAAAGGCAACGUGUCGAAUAACAUCUAAAGUGUGGCAACCUUGUGCCGGAAUUGAAAUGAGAAAUGAUUUAAGUGAGGCUCGCAUGGAACACGCCAUUGCAUGCUUUGCUUUAGGAAAAACUGGCUUUUUUCUUUUGUCGGCAUCUGGUGGGAAAGUUUCCUUGUUCAGUAUGAACACAUUUAAGAAACUUUCAGCGUUAUUUUCAUGCCCACCCGCCGCAACAUCCCUUGCCUUUCUUCCUCAAGAUAACAAUGUUGUUGCAAUUGGCAUGGAUGACUCAUCUAUCUUGAUCUACAAUAUUCGUUUUGAUGAGAUCAAAUGCAAGCUCAAAGGUCAUCAAAGGAGUGUAACUGGUUUAGCAUUCUCUAAUGCCUCUAAUAUUCUUGUAUCAUCAGGAGCCGAUGCUCAGCUUUUUGUUUGGAGGCUGGAUGGAUGGGAGAAGCAGGCUUAUGCAGUUUUACAGAAUUGUCCUCGGGGUGGCGGUGCAGAAAAUCUUGUUACUCAGACUCGUAUCCAGUUGCAUUGUGAUCAGACUCGUCUUCUUGCUUUUAAUGAAACUCAAAUAUCAAUAUACUAUGUGUCAAACCUAGAGCGCAUAUCGCAGUGGACCCCCCAAGACUCAGGUCUUGCGAUUACAGAUGCAACUCUAUCUUGUGAUGGCCACUUACUAUAUGCGUGUUGCAACAACAGCAAAAUUUGUAUUUUUUGGCUUAGUGCUCAAGGGCUCAUUCCAAGGUGUAGGAUCAACCCUACAGCUUACUUGCCACACCAUAGCAUAAGUCAAGGCGUAAUUCCUCGCGUGAUCGCUGCUCAUCCAUCGGAAGCUAACCAGUUCGCGUUAGGGCUCAGUGAUGGUUCCGUGGCUGUGUUGGAGCCAUUGGAAUCUGAUGGGAAGUGGCUCGGGCACUCUUAUGCUUCCCGGGCCUGAUGUUUUCUUGAACUCCAUAUCUAGCCAUUAUAGAAAAAAAAACAACAUUAUGCAGUGGAAUGGCUUUUGCAGUUUUAUGAGUUAUUAUUAAAAAUAAUACCAAACUUAUUGGCUACCAUGUGCUUCGCACGGGCUUGGUUUUUAUGUGCGGGCUUGAAAUGUCUUGUUUUUCUUUCAUGUUGUCGUGUUUGCAUGAAUUUUUUAUUAGAACAGGGUGUAAAAGUUGGGUUUAUUGCCUCAUGUUAGCUCUCAUUCCUGGAUACGGGUUUGUAGA